AUGGAGGAGGAUAUUGAUUUGUGCAAAUCUUGGGUCAAGAUUAGUACUGACCCAACUGUUGGGACAAGUCAAGACAAGGUUUCAUUUUGGUUGAGAGUUUGGGAGGCUUUUGUGAGCAGAAGAGAUGGGGAUAUGUCUAGAAAUGAGCAAGCUUGUAAAAGUAGAUGGGGUCUCUUUCACCCUUGGGUUACUAAAUGGACAGCCAUAUGGAAACAAAGCAUGGAGUUCAAACCUAGUGGGUUCACCAUACAAGAUCAGUCUGCUAGAUCACUGUUCCUACGUACAUAUAAGCAAAACUUCAAGUAUGAGCAUUGUUGGCUGAUUCUCAGGGACUGCUACAAAUGGCAGAUGUAUAACGCAGAUAGUAAAGCUGGUCAUGAACUAGGUAUGAAGAAGAAUGCCACAUGUGAGGAUCCUAUGGCAAUGAAUGAUUUUGGCGUUAACCAGGGGACACCAGUGAGUAUCCCUCAUGGCACUACUGUAAAUGAUGAUGAUUCUCCUUUCCAAGCAUCCAAUGGCGAUGAUGCUAAUGUAAUUGAAAGACCAACUGGCUCCAAAUCUGCUAAGAGUGCUUGGCUACGGAAGAGGGGUGGAAAGACUGACUCUUCUGGUUCUAUGAGUGAUAGUAUCAAUGUUGGAUUUAAGGGGAUGAUGGAGAACCACCACCGUAACUGGAGCAGCUAUAUGCGAAGCAUGGAAAAUCAUAGGCUUAAAAAAGAGGAAGAGGACCGACGUUGGGAUGCUGAAGAGAGGGAGAAAUAUGAUGAGGAUAGACAACUUCGAGCAUUCAAUCAAUCUAAUCCCAUGAAUUCUGAUGAGCUCGAGGAGUACGAACAACUUAAACAGCUUGUUCAAGAUCUAGAAUCUCAGCUUGAAGAACUUCAACAAGUGGAUACGAUCGAGCCUGUGAGUCCUUCGCGUGUUGCUGGUGGGUGUGGAAAGCGUGCUGCUACAUCAGACGUUGCACGCAGGAGGUUCAACGAUGAAGAUUGGCUGGAUUUAUCAAGUGGCUGA